UGAUGUGGGGUCGCUGGCCGAAAGCAUUCACCUGGUUCACACAAGCCGGUCUUCUCGCUCCGAAGCCUCAUCAAAAGUUUAGAAUCCGGAAAAUUGCCUGACAUUUUUAAGUUUCGAAUUUUAGAGCUUGUGGGUGUUUAGAUUUUUGAAACUGUCUAUAGUUUGAGCUCUUAAACAAGGAUAGCUGUACAGGUUGGUGCAUGUUAGUGUAUGUUUUGUAUAAAAAUGUGCAGAUAGUACCAAUUAAGUUACAAAGUAAAAAAUGUUUCUGCACAUAUUUUGAUGAUGUUAUGCAGAAAGUGCAAUGUGAUGGAAUACAAAACUGGUCUAGAACCAAACGCGUUAUCAUCAAAGGCAUGUGAUACAAUUUUAAAGCAAACUUUAUUAACGAUUCCAGAAUAUGUGUGUGGAAAUACAAGUGACAAACGACAAACUACAAUUACAGAAUCUUGUUCUGGAAAUAAUAAUGCAUCAUGAAUUAGAUGGCAGAACUGUCCCACGGCUAAGUCUGUGAGAUUGUUCCCCCUGGUGCAAGUACAGCAACGACGACGACGACGACCACCACGACGACGACGACGGGCGACAACGUCGUCCUCUUCGAAGAGAGAGGCAAGGCACGCUCAUCAGCAUGGCCUCGAGCUCCAGCCCUUCGGCCGAGGUACUCAUGUACAAGGGCAAGCGCGGCGCGGCCUCUUACAUCCACGGCGAAUGCAGCAACCCAGGCCUGGACGGCGGCGGCACGCAGCUCCUCAACGAGCUGCUGGACAUCCUGCUGAACCCCAGUAAACCUAUCGACGAGUGGGAGACCAUAGACUGGUGCAAGUGGUUGAUGGCCGGUGGUAGCACGCCCGACGAAUUCGCCAGCACAGUACGCAUUUACGAUAAUGCCACUACGUGCGGUCUGGUUUGGACGCCGAACUUCGUCGCGUACCGCUGCCGUACAUGCGGCAUAUCGCCAUGCAUGUCACUGUGUACCGAAUGCUUCAAGAAAGGCAAUCACUAUCGCCAUGAUUUCAACAUGUUCCUCAGUCAAGCGGGAGGCGCAUGCGAUUGCGGUGAUACAUCUGUGAUGAAGGAGACUGGAUUUUGUGAUAAGCACGGGCCAAAGGCUGCUGUAAAUAAAUCAGCCGCACCGUCGGAUCUCAUGUGCGUGGCCGAAGCGAUGAUGCCUAGAAUUAUCCUUCGACUUAUACAGCAUUUACGCGAGAAUUGUAAAAUGGGUGUGCCGGACUAUAGAGGUGCUAUACAUGAGGCGGACUCAUACUUGGGCAUGUUGCUGGACUUGAACAACAUGGGCGCACUCAUGAGGCAUGUUAUGACGUCAGCCCUCACGAAUCCGCAGAAAUAUCGCGGUCUCAUGGAUCCGUCUGUUUUAACGGGGCAAUCGGAGUACGAUAGCUAUUGCCAAGAUAGCAAUAGAAUAUACCAGCAUGCCGUGAAGUCGCUACCGAAUCCGGAACCUCCUGACGAAUACAAAGAAUGUGUGUCACUUCAAGAGCACUUGGAACACACCACGUUCUUGGAGGAACUGAUGUUCUGGACUGUUGCCUACGAGUUCCCGCAGAAAUUGGUCUGUCUGUUGCUGAACAUGCUACCGGAUCCCGAUUACAAGGAGGCUUUAACUCGCGCGUUCGUCUUACACUACAGUAGAAUAUCAAUGAUGCUCGAACGUUCUACGGAUCCCGAUACGCUGAGCAAUAGAGUAGUGCACGUUAGCGUACAGCUGUUUAGUAAUGAAAGCCUAGCUUUAAGGAUGGUUGAUCAGUUGAAACUGUUACACGUUAUGGUUAUCAGUUUAAAGUACAUGAUGAGCAAGAUACUCAUUCAAAACACCUUGCACGAUCAAGACAAAAACUUCCAUUACGUCGUGGAUUGUGGACGUCAAGUGAUGAAAGAGCAUUGUUAUUGGCCCUUGGUUUCUGAUUUGAACAAUGUGCUCUCACAUAAACCGGUCGCCGUCAGAUUUAUGAGUGAUAAUACUCUUCUGGAAAUGUGGUUCGAUUUCCUAUCAAUGUUUCAAGGUAUGAACGUGAAUCAACGGGAGUUAAGCCAACAUGUCGAGUUCGAACCUAACACGUACUAUGCAGCAUUCAGCGCCGAACUGGAAGCCAGUGCGUAUCCGAUGUGGGCCUUGGUUUCGCAUCUUCGUGGUCCCGAGAGCUCUACCCUUAGUCGAAGAGUGCUCUCGUUCUGCCUGACAGCUUUGCAAGAUUGGCUAGACGCCGUCAACUACACACAGCCAAACGUGAGCGAUAGUCUGCAAGUAUCGUUUCAUCUGCCACUUCAUCGGUACUUUGCGGUAUUCAUGUGUCAAGCGAUCAGGCAACAAGGAGCAUCUCUUCAUGAUCUGUUACCGCCCAAGGACGUGCUGCAUCUCCUUAUGAUGCAUCCAUUGCGAGUGCAGGUGGCUUUUUACGAGAUUCUGAACGGAUUAUGGGUUCGUAACGGAUUGCAAAUAAAAGGCCAGGCUAUGACUUAUAUCCAGUGCAACUUUUGCAAUUCCAUGGUGGACGCGGAUCUGUAUCUGCUGCAAAUUUGCGCCACGAAAUUACUGGCGGACGUCUUUCUGAAAACCAUCAUCGAAAAAUUCCAUGUGAGAGAAUGGAUGAGUCUCUGCCUGUAUCAUGCGCCACAGAACGAGUAUCUGGAAGGUGAACAUGACACCCCCAUGUUGGAAAGCUGUCUGACGUUUUUAGCUACGCUGAUCAACGUGAGAACGAAUCUUGGUUUAUCGGAUGCCGAAAUGUCUUGCCUGGAGAUGGUAACUUUGUUGUGUAUGGGCGACAAGACUCACAGCCAGUUAAUGGAGUUGAUGCCAGAACGUUGUGGAACUACUCAGAACAGAGACUUCGAAUCUGUCUUAGCUGAUGUGGCACAGUACAGGGCUCCGAAUCUUGAGGCGAGCGGCAAUAUGCAGCAAGGGAUGUACGGGCCGAAACCUCAUGUGUGGGAUGAAUUAUUCGAUCCUUUGCACGUUUUGCUACGAGCGGUACAUAGGAGAGAUUUCCAGAUAUCGAUGGAUCGUUUCACAGAAUACGUGAAACAAUCGGGUAAACUAAAGAGCGGUGCAACUCCGUGGCCGCCAUUCAGACAUCCCGCUCCAGUAUCGCCGGAUUAUGACGAUCCUCGGAUAGUCUUACGUACUCGAGUCUUUCACGCUAUGGCCCUGAUAAUACUCUACAAGGCUGUGAACGGGCACAACAUAUCGGAACACGUUAUGGCAUUAGCAGUUUAUCUGCUGGAGAUGGCGGUGAUCACCGCAGAGGCGCCGGAUAAAUCUGUGAAUCCCUUAUGUCAGUAUACCGGCGGCAGUUCUCGCGUAAUAAAGGACAUGGACCUGGCUGGUUGGUACGAGAGCGAUAGCUUGUCCGAGAAUCUAAGGAUGAUAAUACCCCGUGUGAAUCUAGUCCAAGAGUCAGAGCCGAACAGUUCGGACAGUGAAUUCGAGUGGGAGAUUCAGGGGGAGAUGAGCGAGGUAGCGACAUCUCUGAUGCUGAACGACACUGUGGAGGAUGGCGCGGAGGAAGGUUCAUUGGAGCUGCUGGGACUUCCGUCCGUGGGUUCUAUGAGAGACGACAACGGCUUGUCCAGCGUAAGCGCUACGUCUUUGCCAGCCUUACCCGCAACGUCCGCUACAUCUUUGCCGGCUUUGCCGUCAACCGCGAGCGCCGCCUCCCUGCCAGCUCUACCGUCGACCGCGACGUCCCUGCCGGCGCUACCGUCAACUAAUGAAUAUGGCGUGGCUAUUGUACCUGAAGACGCAAUCGUCGCUAUUCCGCCUGGCGAAGACGAGUUGCUACCUUUGCAAAGAGCUCUGCCACCGUCCGGGGAGAACUCCAUGGUUCUUGCCAUCGAAUCGCCUCCCUCACCAAACAAUCCAGUCGGCGGCCAGCCUGCGCUACCACCCGCUCCUCAACGCCCGGCGGUUAUGGCCGGAAAUGAGAUAGUCGCGCAGUCGGCGUACUCGCCUCGUCCCAGUUACAGAACCAUAGAGAUCGUUCCAUCCACGUCGAGUUCUCACAAACAUUUCAAGAGGAGAGAACCGCAGAUUGGGCCGGUACAACCGCAGACUGUGAAGGUAGGGGAGAGCAUAAUCUCCCUGCUGUUGAAACUACACUCUCAGCUAUCAGGUGUACCGGAUAGCUACAAUCCCGAACUGAGCGCAACGUCGGACGGCAACGAGGCGGGCAGCAGUUCCGCUGCUGCGUCGUCGACGAGCAGCGAGUCGAGAAUCGGCGACGGGCCGUUCUUCAUAUCGCAACUGCUUGGGAAAAUAUCGUGUCUGGAUCCCAUGUGCAAACAAUCGAUCCUUGAGACCAGAGACAGACUGUGGCCACGCAUGCAGGAAUGUGAAGGGGACGAGCAGCGCGAGAGGGAACAUCGAGAGCGGGAGGAACGACGACGGAGAGCGAAGGAAAGGCAACAAAAGCUCAUGGCAGAAUUCGCCAACAAGCAGAAGCAGUUCAUGGAAAAAGCGAUGAAGUCCGAUGAAGCGGGCGCAUCGGCGAUGGAUUGGGAACAGGAGGAGAACACGACGAAAUUAACGAGUAAAAAGGAGUACGACUGUGUGAUAUGUAAUCAAACCACUCCCAGCAGUGAGGACAAGCCGAUGGGACUUGUUGUAUUAGUUCAGGCAACUAGCAUUAUCGGCCACCAGCGACAAGAGUCAGACAGGCUAGUCCUUCCCACGUCCGACGAGGAUCCACCUAUACCAAAAGGAGAGUCCCGCGGCGCUUACUUCGACCGUCGAAUGGGCGAAAUGAGUCGUCACUUCGACACAGUAAGUGAAUAUUAUUCGUGGCUGGUGUCGGUGAAUCUCGGUUACGAGGGCGGUGUCCACGUGCAAACGUGCGGCCACCACUUGCACCUGGACUGUCUCAAGUCCUAUCUGCAAUCCCUACGUAGCCAACAGAGACAGCAGAGUUUGGCGGUAGAUCGGGGCGAGUACUUUUGCCCAUUGUGCCGGCAACUGGCCAACUCGGUACUGCCACUUUCACCGCAGCUGGGCGAAUGUGCAGCGGUAGUGCGGUCUCGUCAUGCCUCCACGAUCACUAUACUUGCGGAGCUGAACAAUUUCCUGAAGGAGAUACCACGGAACCCGGUAUGCAGUAUCUCUUCGAAUUUGGCUGUCGCAAUGGGGAAAGCCAUGGAGGAUAUGACGAGUUGCACAUAUUUAAAGUAUAAGCAAAAGAACUGUACUCCUAGUCACCAAAGCUUGUUCCUCUUCGUAACUUCCAUAGCACGAACCAACUUCGAAAUCGAACUCGUACAACGUGGCGGUUCGUUGUGCGCUCCACCGCCCUCCACGAUACCUCUGACGCCUAAACGUGACUGCAUAGUCGCGCUUCUUCACGUCCUAGCGAUGCACGCCCGAGUGCUGACGACAUGGCCGGUGCAUCAUACGUGGCAGCAGUUGUCGGGCAUGCCGCCGGAACCGGUGCCUUCGCUUGCUUUGACACCGCACGAGAAGGAGGUUCCAAUCCUUAUGAGGGAUCCUACCGCUCUUCUCAUACAAUUCAUACUGCUGCUGCCGCUGCAUCUAGAUCAAACGUAUUUCUCCGCCGUGGUAAAAGUCAUUUACAACUUGCUGUACUAUCAAGUAAUACUGCAGAUAAGCUGUAAGUUCACGCAAGCCGAACGAAACACGAUCGUGAAGAGGAGCCGUUGCGGCUCAGCUACGUCUUCUGAGGCGAUAUUGGCCAAGAUUAUCGAGUGUUUUGAAGAUAGCGAUCUUUAUACCGACGAAGAUAGUGAGCUUUAUUCCGAUGACAGCGAAAUCUCCUCCGACGACGCUUGCAAACCAUCCACGUCGUCCACCGUCUCCUACGCGAGAGUGAAGACGCAUUGCGUGGAGCAACAGAUCCAAUCAUUGUGCCUGCCAUUCCUGCGAGUGGCCUCGCUGUUGCGUUAUCACUUGUACGAACAGCCGCUGCCGCUCAUCAGGACACCGCAGAGCGAGUUCGUACGGUUGGUGUACUACCUGGAGUUGGUAACGGAGGGCAUGGACUGGGACAGCUUCAACUCCACGGUAGCACUCAAUUGGCAGGACAAUGAGGCGAGCGUCUCGGUGCCGCAAUUAUGGUGCGAUCAGCUGCUGGCGUACCUCAGAAAAUUUGGGAAGCUAGACCCGGCAGUGAGGAACCUGGUCGCGGAACAGCAUGUGUCGUGGAAGAUGCCUAAACUGCUCAAUCUACCGAGGGAAUAUGAGAAAAUCUUCACUUAUUAUCACGAGCGACAUUGUGGUAAGUGCCAUUCGAUCCCCCAGGAGAUCAGUAUCUGUUUAUUGUGCGGCACUAUAGUCUGCCUCAAGCAGAACUGCUGCAAACAGAUGAACGUGUACGAGGCCAUCCAGCACUCGAUCGAUUGUGGGGGUGGAACUGGCAUAUACCUUGUAGUGACCUCAACCUAUAUCAUCGUGAUACGAGGUAGACGGGCAUGUUUGUGGGGAUCUUUAUACCUCGAUGAUUUCGAAGAGGAAGACAGAGAUCUGAAACGUGGUAAGCCGCUGUAUCUCAGUCAAGACAGAUACCAGCUGUUGGAGCAACAAUGGUUGGCGCAUCGAUUCGACCACACGAAGAAGACAUGGGUAUGGCAUCGUGACGCUCUGUGACCCCUCACGACGUCAUCGCUUGCAGGUCGCUCAUAACAAUUUUCUACGCGAAGACUCGAUUCUCGCUCGCUCGCCCGCCCGCCCGUUCGAAAAUUCCCGACUCUUAUCCUUCACAUAAGCAAAAGGAAUGCCUCGCCCGCAGUAACACAGCGCUUUUAGAUCUAUCGAAGAGAGACGACCGCGCCACUCUAUCUCCCGCCUCCUUAUAAUGCCCUUCAGAUAUUAUAUAUUUAUUAUACGAUGCGCAAUCUCACAAGUAGGCAUUGUUAACGACGAAUGAAAGUAUUAAGAACACUUGUCCGGCGCUCUCCUAAGCGGAGGAGGAGGAGUAGGAUGAAGAAGAAGAUGAUGAUCUGAUGAUGAUGAUGAUAAUGAUAAUGAUGGUAAUG